AUGUUGUGUAGUGUGUGAAGCAGAGCAACACAACACUGCAUCAUGACUCAUGUCACAUCAGUGCAUGCAUGCAGUACACUUUCACCGUCUACUAUGGCUUUUUUAUUAUCUGAUAUAAAUAGGUCGUCGGGACAGACAAGAGCCUGAAAUUCAAGCUCUAUGAAAACUGUAGUGUUGUUUUAAACAAUACAAUGCCCAACAAAGAAGUUUGUCCACUAGAUUCGCUGAUCUUUUAUUAAUAAAGAUACAAAUUAAAGUAUCAUCUUUGUUCACGUUUCACAAUUUCAUUGACAGCUGAUGACGAAAUGAAAAAUUGAUGAUGGAGCCAUAUAGGACCACUUGAGUGAGUCUCAAUACUGGCCUAGUCUGCAGUCGCACGGUCACCCUAUAAAUGGUCAAUUCUCCACAACCAGAGAAACGGCAUGUAAUGGAGUCAUUCAAAGAAUUCGAUGAGACAGACUGGAAUUCGGAGAUAAAUGGUGAUUACACCUCCAUUGACAGCGAGGAUGAGGUUGGACGAGUUGUUGCCACCAGGAUGAUGGAGCGUCCACAGGUUCCCAAUCAUCUCCUCAUGGUGGCGCUACUGGAGCACAUUUGCUCUCUCUAUGUGAAGGACAAGAAACUUCGGAAGGAACUUUUUAACUUGAUAUGUGGCAAGUUGUCCGAUCUCAAUGCCAUGUCGCCGCUGACCUACAUGGAUGAGUUCAGUAACAUCAGAGAGCAGUACAGGAACUCAUUUGCGGGCAUGAUGAAUGCAGCGAUGAAGGUUAUCGAGACGAGUACAACAUUUGGGAUUUCAUUCUUUGAGGCGAAAAAUGUUGGGAACUUCUUUAAUCAAAGGGACAUUCAGAGACCACCAAUUGUAAUUCCGCAUGAUAUGCUCACCAUGAAGAGUACACGCUACGAGACAGAGUUCACUGAAAUCUGCACUCUAGGAAAGGGAGGAUUUGGGAAUGUUUUCCGGGUCCGGCACAAAUUAGACGGGUGUGAAUACGCUGUGAAGAUAAUCAGAUUCAGAAAUUCGAAUCCUGAUGUCUGUGUGAAGAUUGUGAGAGAGGUAAAAGUAUUGGCUAGGCUUAGCCAUGAUAACAUCGUCCGCUACAAUAACGCCUGGGUUGAGGACAAUCCUAGGACAGCACCAUCCUUGGCAACAAAUCAUGAAUAUCCGGCACUCGAAUACAAUCAAAGCGUAGGGAAGGAAGCCACCGAAGAUGAACAAGGGGAAGACAGCAUCCUUUUCGAUACUGCAGCAUCCGGAUUGCGCCAGUACGUCGAUACACCAAAAAUAUUUGAACUCAAAUCACGAACCAGUAUGGAAGUUGGAUGGGAUAGCGAUGAAUCUUUGUCAGACCUCGCAUCAGUCAAGGGCGGUGCUGCAGCAGGCGGCAGCAAUACAGGCGAGGCUUCCUCUAUAGGUGGCACCUCCAACUUGAGCGGUUCUUUCAAAAAGCUGCCAAUAGAUGACAUCAGUGACCCAGAUAUCCAACCAAAGCCACAUAUUCCGCUGAAGCGUAAGGGGAGUGAUAAAUCUAAGGAGGAUAGUAAAAAACAAUACAGUGAGACUAUCGUGAAGGCUAGGCGUUCGAGGCACCGCAGUGGGGAAAAACCCACGGGACUUGGAGAUCCACCGUUCACGUCCAAACACGACCUAGUGCAACGCUCCCUAUCUGUUAACGGCUACGGAGGAACACAUGGAAGAUCAGAUUCCACGUCGCCACGGCAAGUCUCGUCUACUCAGCAAGAUGGGGAGUGUAGGAAAUGUUCGAGGAAAUUUUGGGUGCGCCGGAGUAUCAGUUAUGAUCCGGUGGUGUGCGACAUGUGUGACGAUCACUACAUGGAGGUUGAAAGAGACUUUAAUCAAAAGUAUCCUUUCGCGGGUAAGAUUCAUCUGUUUAUUCAGAUGGAGCUUUGUGAGCUGACGUUGAAGGAUUGGAUGGACGCAAGGAAUCUACAGGCAGUGAACCUGACUGGUGAAGAUCGCUACAAUGUUGUGAGUGAACCAGACAACAUGAAGAUUAUCCGUCAGGUAUUGGAAGGCCUUGCCUACAUACAUCGACAAGAUGUCAUUCACAGAGAUAUCAAGCCAAGAAACAUCUUCGUGAACAGCUCCAACCUUCAAGUCAAGAUUGGCGACUUUGGCUUGGCAUGUGACCUUUGGACCGCUAGCCGAGAUGACACAUAUGCCGAUGCAGGCCAUGGAGGCCACACACAGAAAGUCGGGACAAGCAUGUACGCAGCACCAGAGCAGCUGAAAGGUUCAAAUUAUGGCUCAAAAAGUGAUCUCUACAGCCUUGGUGUGGUGCUAUAUGAGCUCUUCCAGCCAUACAACACUGGAAUGGAGCGUGUGGAAUCUCUGAAAGAUUGUCGCAGGGGGGAAUUCUGCGCGAUCUUCCAAAGAAAAUGGCCGACUCAGACGCAGUGUGUGACGGAUAUGAUGGCUGUUGACCAUGACAGUCGUCCAACGGCAGAAGAGCUGCUUGAAGGCAACAUGUCCAAGACAGAGAGUCCGGGGCAAAUGGAGAAGAAGGAUGAAAAUCCCAGCCCUCAAGCUUGUGCCAGCCAGGAACCGAUGGCAAUGGAGGAGACUGAAUGGUUGCGUAGUGAAGUAAAGGAAAAAGAUCGCAUCAUUCGUCAACAAAAACAGCUGAUAAGUGACAAGGAUGCUCUUCUACAAGACCAGAGUCAACUUCUAGAGGAAAAAGAUAGCGAAAUAGCUGCGCUGAGGCUGCAGCUGCUAGAUUUGCAGCCAUUGGAUGAUUGACAGCUGAUGGACUUAGUUUAAUUAUUAGCUAGCAACUAGUCGAAUUUUAGAUGUACUAUACCAAGUAACACACUGCCACAGAUAUUCCAGUUUUCCUUCGAGUACAGCUUUAGAUCUUACAGAGGGCCUCAUUGAAUUGACAGAAUGAGCAGAAUAUGAUGGAAUCACAUUCUAUGUUUUAGUGUCUUGGGGCCUGGGAAAUGUCAGCUUUAGAAACUAUAGUCAUAGUUCCACCUAUCAUAAAACCCCGUGUUUUUUCAAAACCCGUGUCUUCGCCGUGUGUCAAAAAUCCCGGGGCGCACUGACACCUAUCAGUGGUGUUAGAAAAUGGUUAAUAGCCCCAGCGACAUGUGCGCUGUAGGAAGGGAGCUCUCCUGUGUUUCUUUCCCGUUGGAGGGAAAUUUCGCAUGCGCAAUACCGAGGCAACUACACCGCGCCAUCUGUCGCCGGAUCUUAGAACUUGCAAUUGCCGUGUCUAUUCAGAUUCCAUCUAUCAAAAAACCUGUGUUGAACACGGGUCUAAAUUAGCCCCGAUUAGCCCCAUCGAGCUCGAUAGGGCUAAUAGACAUGGGGAUUUGACACACGGGUCUAUUUAGACACGGCAAUUCAUAGGUGUAAGCACAAAAGACACGGGGGGGGGGUUUGAUAGGUGGAAGUACGACUUAUGGUUGUAUUGGAAAUUUCAGAAUCUUACACCUUUGCUACAUGUAGGGUAGCUAUUUAUUGGUGCUUUAAUUUAUCAAUUUGCAUACAAUCAUCACAAUCAUGAUCAUUACUGGUAUUAGAUAAGGACCAUGAAACUCUCACUCAUGCAAAUGCAUGGUCAAAUAUUAUUUGAUAUUUUCUUAAAAAACACAGGUUUUGUUAGUUUCACUAUGAGGAGUAAUUUUGAACAUAUUUUGGGUGGAUUAUUUAUAAUAAAUGUGUGGAUAAAACA